AUAGCUUUGGUCAUCUAUUGCACUCUGUGUGCUGGCUCCUUUGUCUCGGAGGAGGCAGGUGUGUGGUGUUGCUCAAGCUGUAAGAGUCCCUGAAGGUAAAACAGGACAUGUCUGAAGAGCUAUACUAGCUUUGUUUGCUGUUUUUAUUUCCUGCCAGAAAAUGAGCUACAGUCUCUUCCUCCUGGCUUUUGUGCUGGGCAUUGGUGGAGCUUUCCAGUAUGGGUUGCAGGUCUCCAUUAUCAACUCUCCUGCUGAGUACAUCAAAAGUUUCAUCCGUGAGACCUGGCUGAAGAGAUAUGGCUCUUCUCCCACUGAAGAAUUGAUUACUUUGAUGUGGUCCUUUGUUGUGUCCAUCUACAGCAUUGGUGGGCUUCUGGGGUCCUUGUCUGCUGGAUAUUUGUCUGUUAGAUUUGGAAGGAAGAAGGCCAUGUUGUUCACCAAUAUCCCUGCUCUGCUGAGUGCAGCUCUGAUGGGACUCAGUCGGCUGUGUGGAUCCUUUGAGAUGAUCAUCGCUGGAAGAAUAUUUUCUGGAGUGUGUGGAGGUUUAGGUCUGAAUAUCCACCUUAUGUAUGCUGGGGAAUGUGCCCCACGGAAGCUCCGCGGGCUGAUAGCCAUAACAGCUUCUACUGCCAUUGCCAUUGGAAAGUUUGUAGGAUUUGCUCUGGGUCUCAGAGAAGUUCUUGGAGUAGAUGCUCUCUGGCCUAUUCUCAUGGCAGCCAACGCGCUUCCUGCCCUCAUUCAGCUUCUCACCCUCCCCUUCUUCCCAGACUCUCCCCGCUACCUGCUCAUUGACAAAAAGGACAAGGAGGGGUGCAUUAAAGCUGUGAAGCAGCUCUGGGGAGACGGUGACCAUAUGGCUGAAAUAGAUGACAUGAUGGCAGAGCAAAAGGCCAUCCAUGGGGAGAAAGCUAAGAGCGUUUGUGAUCUUUUUCGUGACAAAUCUGUCCGUUGGCAGCUCAUCACUCUCUUCCUUGUCGCCUCAUGCAUGCAGUUAAUUGGAGUCAAUGUGGUUUACUUUUAUGCAUACAAUGUCUUUAAAAAGGCUGGAAUCCCCCCUGCUCAAACCCACUACGUCUCCCUGGGAAUUGGGGUCACUGAGAUCCUUUCCACAAUUCUGUGCGGUUUCCUCAUUGAGCGUGCAGGGAGGAAGACACUGCUGUGGAAAAGCUACACUGUUCUGGCCUUGGCUUUAGUGCUCCUCACGGUCACACUUUCACUGCAGGAUUCCUUUUCCUGGGUACCAUACUGCUCUGUUGCACUCAUCUUUAUUUUCAUCAUGAGCUUUGGCAUUGGGCCAGCUGGAGUAUUAUGCCCCUUACCCACAGAAAUAUUUAUUCAGUCAUACAGACCAGCUGCUUAUGUUUUUAAUGGUGUUACAAACUGGAUCCAACUCUUCAUCCUUGGACUUUUGUUCCCUUUCAUUGUGGAAGGUCUCGGUAGUUUCUGUUUCAUCAUUUUCCUGAUUUACUGUCUGUCCAUGGCUGUCUUUGUCUUCCUGGUGAUGCCAGAGACCAAAGGAAAGACCAUGCUACAGGUCAUGGAGGAGUUCAACCGCCUGAACUACCGUGGAAAGAAGAGACAGUUACAGCAGAGUAACGGCUCAGUGAUGGUUGUUACUAGACUUUGAUAACAAACUCUCCACUCCGUAUUUUGCUCUUUUAUUACUGUAGUGCCCAGAAGCCUCACUAAGCAAGAGAAAUUCCAUUGCUCCACAAGCAGCACAAACACAUAUUUUAAAAGUAAUCACCUGCAGUGCAGGGUACCGGAUGAACUUGGUGGUUCUCUCCAACUGCUGAAAUACGAGCUGAAUUAAAUCCUCUGCGGAAAAAAAUCAAACACAGUGUAUAAAGAAAUAAGGUCUUUGUCAGUCCCUGCAAGUUAGCAGCUGUGUAAACUGAAAACACAGGAUCUGCUAUUUUUCUUACCAAAAUGAGGACUCCACAGUUAGUGGAGGAAGUGAGUGUGGAAGGUUCAGGUAUACAGCAUAUUUGUGAAUCUCAGAGGAAAAAGAAGACAGAGCUUUCACAUUGAAAUUAUCUGCUCCUAUUAACAAAUCAGUGCUGCCGAGCUUUCCCAGAGAAAGAGCUUCAGUCCAGCUGAAAAGAAGUGUUAUCUCUUUAAUCUGGUAGAAGAGUACCUUGCCUAUCAGUAGACAGAAGCAGUAUGCAAUGUUUCCCCCUCUUACAAUUAGACUUGAGGGCAAGUACAUCGUAUGGGGGCAACCAGGAUUUCCUUGAAGAGAUUAUGACCACACUUCUGUGACCUGUAGCAUGGUCUUCAUCCUUUUUCUUUUUUUUUUUUUUUUUUGAGGGGGGAAGUCAUUGCUAUGUCUGAAGAAAAAAGGUGUAAUGGAGGUAUAAGGUCCUGAUGGAGAAGCAUCCAAGCAUAACCUGUCACCUGAAGCCAAACCUCUUUGCUUGGUAAUCAGGUACAUUGCCUAGAUUUUGGAGAUUCUUCUCUAAGGACAAACAGGGAUAUGUCAGCACUGAAAGAAAGCAUGAGCAAAGAAAGCAGAGCUGCAGGAAAUCAUGAGUGGGCUAAUCCACAGUGAACAGGUUUUCCUUUUUUAUUAGCAAUGACUAUGUAACAUGUCUUCAGCCUAGAGUUGUUUCAUGUCAGAGAGAAGGAACACUGGGUUUCAGUGGGACUGAGUUUUCAAGAGUAACUGGUACUGAUGAGACAAAAAAGAGUGGUGCCCCUCACUGAGAACCCAAUCUGUAUGUCUGAGUGUUUGCUUCUCUCUCCAGGUCUCUGAAUACUCCACAUUUUCAUCACAAACAUGGUAAAAAGGGCUUCGCUUUCUGUAUUCAUUUCUAUGCUACAUAACACACUCUUACUGUUCUUCAUCCCUUGCAGUUUACUGAUAAGGAAAUGCAAAAGCAUUGACUAGGAAAACGCAUCCUAUGAUCAUGCCUGGAUUUGGUUUUCAUUGAUUGAAUAGUCAGGGACAGAGGAGAGCCCAUCUUCUGGGAGUGUGUUGUUGGGGUCAAGGAAUAUUGUGUCAGUCUUGUUCUGGAAAUGAGAUCUUCACUACUGACUGUUGCAGGUGCUGCACAAUAAACUUUGCAAAAGGACCUGAAUAUUGAGUGCCAGUUUUUUUCACAGCCCUAACGCUGCUGGCUAUUUUAUCUUCACACCAUCCUCUAACAAUAUUUGUAGCAGUGCCAAGAGCUAAUGCUAAGAGCAGCGGACUUCCCCAACG